AUGGAUUUUAGUCAGAGCAAUUUGUUUGGAUACAUAGAAGACCUGCAGGAACUAACUAUUAUAGAGAGGCCAGUACGCAGGAGCCUGAAGACACCAGAAGAAAUAGAAAGAUUGACAGUUGAUGAAGAACUCAGUGAUAUUGAAAGGGCUGUUUAUCUACUCAGUUCUGGCCAGGAUAUCCAAGGAACAAGUGUGGUGGCAAAUCUUCCAGUUCUGAUGCGACAGAAUCCUGCAGAAACACUUCGUCGGGUUUUACCGAAAAUCAGAGUCCACGAGGAGGCACAUCCAGAGAAUGUGUUCUCACACAUGAUUAUCCAGAGUUGUGUGGAUCUGUGGAGGAGACUAUUUGGAAACUUAUUUGAUG